GCACAAGUUUAACUUGUUUUUUGCUAUUUCUAUUUUGCAUUUAUUUGCUGGUGGGAUUUCUUAUCACAUUUUGAUUUGUGAAUUAUUUGUGCCGCCUGCUGAUUAAGUAAUUCGGUAAAAUUGUAAUUACGCAAAUUUGCCAGUUGCAUUUUAAUUAUCAAACUGUGUUCAAGUUAAAGUUUGUAGUUGGUUUAAAAAGAAAAAUCCGUAAAAAUGAACAGUUAUGAAGGUUACAAAUCGCCGCUUAGCACGCGUUAUGCCAGCAAAGAAAUGCAAUAUUUGUUCAGUGAUCAACACAAAUUCUCAACCUGGAGACAACUUUGGAUUUGGCUAGCCGAAGCUGAAAAGACUUUGGGUUUGGAUAUCACCGAUGCGCAGCUUGCUCAAAUGAAGAGCAAUGUCAAGGAUAUCGAUUUUGAAGCAGCUGCCGCCGAGGAACGUUUAACACGCCACGAUGUAAUGGCUCAUGUACAUGUAUUUGCUAAACAAUGUCCCUUGGCUGCUCCCAUUAUUCAUUUGGGUGCCACCUCCUGUUAUGUGGGCGAUAAUACUGAUCUCUUGAUAUUGCGCGAUGCCUUGGAUCUUCUUCUGCCUCGUGUGGCUUCGGUAAUUUAUUGCCUUAAAGAGUUUGCUUUGAAAUACAAAUCUCAACCAACUUUGGGAUUUACUCACUUGCAACCCGCCCAAUUGACCACAGUUGGCAAACGUGCCUGUCUCUGGAUUCAGGAUUUAGUCAUGGAUGAACGCGCCUUACGCCGUUGCCGUGAAGAUUUGCGUUGUCGUGGUGUUAAGGGCACCACUGGUACGCAGGCAUCUUUCUUGCAACUUUUCAAUGGGGAUGGUGAAAAAGUUAAGCAGCUGGAUCUGCUUGUGACCAAAUUAGCGGGUUUCCAAAAGCCGUAUGGAGUAACCGGCCAAACCUACAGUCGUAAAGUGGAUGUUGAAGUUAUUGGUGCGUUGGCAAGUUUGGGAACAAGUAUUCAUAAAAUGUGCUCAGAUUUGAGAAUCUUAGCUUCGCGCAAGGAACUUGAAGAACCCUUUGAAACAACACAGAUUGGUUCAUCGGCCAUGCCUUACAAAAGAAAUCCUAUGCGUUCGGAACGUUGUUGUGCCUUGGCUCGUCACCUCAUCACCUUAUUCUCUAACGCCGCCAAUACGCAUGCUACACAAUGGCUGGAACGUACUUUAGAUGAUUCGGCUAAUCGUCGUUUGACUUUGCCCGAGUCGUUCCUAUCGGCCGAUGCUGCACUUCUUACAUUGCUGAACAUUUCUCAGGGCAUGGUGGUCUACCCAAAGGUUAUUGAACGUCACAUUUCUCAAGAGUUGCCGUUCAUGUCAACCGAAAAUAUUAUUAUGGCCAUGGUCAAGGCUGGUGGUGAUCGCCAGGUGUGCCACGAAAAAAUUCGUGUACUUUCGCAUGAAGCAGGCGCUCAAGUAAAACAACAUGGCAAGGACAACGACUUAGUAGAACGUGUCCGUAAGGAUCCUUACUUCGCUCCCAUACUCGAUCAUUUGGACACUAUUUUGGAUGCUAGAACAUUCACAGGCCGUGCCAGUGAUCAAGUUGAUGAAUUUAUUGCCGAAGAAGUCGACAGUGUUUUGGAACGUUAUAAGGAGAAUUUGAAAAACAUUCAAAUUGUUCAAUUAAAUAUUUAAAAGCCUUAAUAAUUUCAAUUCCAUCAAAUAGAUUAUCAAUGUUAGCCGAGCUAAACUGAUAAAUAAAUGAUUAGAGUUUUUUAAUCUAAA